AUGAAUCUGAAUGUUGAGUCCUGUGCUGAAGAAAGGAAAUUGCAGCUGCAAGAGCUUGAAGAGCUCCGCCUUGACGCGUACGACUCUGUCAUGUGGUAUAAAGAAAGGACAAAAAUGUGGCAUGAUAAGAACCUCCGCAAGAAGGAGCUCAAGGUGGGACAGAAGGUGCUGCUUUUCCAAUCAAGACUCAAGUUGAUGCCUGGAAAGUUAAGGUCAAGGUGGAUAGGCCCCUAUACCAUCAUCGCCAUACGAGUGAUAUGCGUGCAGGUUCACGGUGUCGUGUCAAGCAAGGGUGUAUCUACCUGA